CUGCCGGACAAAAGGCGAAUCUGUCUGACGGCGGAUUGAAACCCAAUUAGAAACAGAGGAGACAUUUUGGGAAAACUGUCAGUGUCCGUGUGUCCCGGCGCCCCGAGGCAAUAGAUAUAUGGUCAAAUAAACAUCUGCGGAGGCUCUUUGACUGGAAUAUUCAGGAUGUUCCAGCAGUGUGAGGAGCCUCGUUUCACUAUCGAGCAGAUUGACCUCCUCCAGAGGCUAAGGAGGACGGGUAUCACACAGGCGGAGGUCCUCCACGCCCUGGAUACCCUGGACCACCUGGACAGGCAACAUGGACACAAGUUGACCCAUAAAGCUCCCUACAUGCCUCCCUCAUCUUCCUUGUCUUCUUCCAGCACCAUUGUCGCCUCUUCCUCCAUGACUUCCACCGCCACUCAGACAACCUUCCCUGACAACCGACUCUCACUGUCACCCAGUAACAACUUCGACACCACCUCCCCACCUCUGCCCAUUCCAGUAGCCUCACCUGUCGCCAUGGCAGCAGUAGCUCAGAACGGCCUGGUUGCUGUCACUAAUGGGAAGCUGUCGCCACCUCGGUUUCCUCUUGGUGUGGUUAGUGGCAGUGUGACGGCACCAGGCUACGGGUUUGAGACCAGUGAAGAGGACAUCGAUGUGGAUGACAAGGUAGAGGACUUAAUGAGGAGGGACAGCGCUGUGAUCAAAGAAGAGAUUAAGUCCUUUCUUGCAAACAGGCGGAUCUCCCAGGCUGUGGUCGCUCAGGUAACAGGGAUCAGCCAGAGUCGGAUCUCACACUGGCUCCUCCAGCAGGGAUCAGACCUCAGCGAGCAGAAGAAACGAGCCUUCUUUCGCUGGUACCAGCUGGAGAAGACCAACCCUGGUGCCACUCUGGCCAUGCGAGCCGCCCCAUUGGCUCUAGAAGACGUGAUGGACUGGCACCAAGCCCCACCCCCAUUUGGCUCGGCCCCUGGGGGCUUCCGUCUGCGGCGAGGGAGCAGAUUCACCUGGAGGAAGGAGUGUCUGGCUGUGAUGGAGAGCUACUUCAGUGACAACCAGUACCCCGAUGAAGCUAAGAGAGAGGAGAUUGCCACAGCUUGCAACGCUGUCAUCCAGAAACCAGGAAAGAAGCUGUCUGAUUUGGAGAGAGUAACAUCUCUGAAGGUCUAUAACUGGUUUGCCAACCGCCGCAAAGACAUCAAGAGGCGUGCUAAUAUUGAAGCAGCCAUCUUGGAGAGCCACGGCAUCGAGGUUCAGAGUCCAGGCGGGCAGUCCAACAGCGACGAGGUGGAUGGAAACGACUUCCCUGACCAGGCUUGUGAAGUGUCAUUAUUUGACAAGAGAGCUUCAGCCAGGCAGUUUGGUUUCAGUCGAGCUGACCUGUCCUCUCCAACCCAGGUACCUACGCUUCUCCCGAGCUGGUAUUCCGCCCUGGGUAGAGGAGCCUUGUCUGGACAGAGGGGCACUUCUCUGAUUGGCCGCUCUCUUGUUUCAGGAGUGGGCCCUCAGGCGGAAGGUACCAGAUUAACAGGUGUUUCCUGGUCUCCCCCCUCCCCCUCCCUCCAGGACGAACCCACCAUUCACGGCGAGCUGUCCGAAUCCCAGGACCCAAAUGGUUUGGAGAAGGCGUCUGUCAAUCACAGCAACCAAGCUCUAGCCAAUCAGGCGGAAGGGGCGGGGUGCAGUAUGGGGAAUGACAUCAAGACGGAAAUGCUGGAGGACGACUAAGAUGGGAUACGGAUAUUGGCGUUCAGAUUGAUGAAUGGAACGGGAUCAGAGGUGUGUUAAUAUGCAAGCAGAUUUUAUAGGAAUGUAAUAAGUGAAAAAAAUGACCAAAAGUCGUGUAAACUCCAACCCUGAGAUACCUCCCAACCCUACCUCCAACCACCAACCUGCUCCGCUACGCUCUUAUAGGCAUAACUAGUAUAUUAUAAUAAUGAAUAUGAUAGUAACAAUAAACUUUUAUUUGUUAAAUUGCGCCCCAACAGGCUAUGGUAGAUUAAAAAUGCCUAAAUAAAAACAAAUCAAGCAAAGAAAGUGAAAUAAAUCAAGAAUUAUUUAGUAAAUGCAAACAUAAAAAGAAAUUUAAAUGUGUAUUGUUUUUCACUUAACAUCUUUGGUUGAUUUAUUUUUGGCAUUUUAAAUCUUCCGUAUGGACUGUUAACAGGACAUGAUGCAUUGUGCAGAUUUCUUUGGAAACUGCGUUUUUCACAGCAGGACAACACUGUAUUUGACACGGGGUUCAAAUAAUUUCAGGGUCUUGCACUGUGAUCACAACACAACUGAACAGCCUCAAAAGAUAGUAAAUGCAUGAAUUUCAAAGUUAUUUUUUUUUUCUUCAUUGUUUAAAAUGCUGGUGCGCAUUUACAUCACAGCUAAUUAUGAAUCAGAUUUUCACUGUUGCUUACUUCCAGCAGAAUAAGCUCAGUUUCAUCAAGAUCACAGCACGUAAUUAAAUAUUGCGGUGCACCUGAGAUGAUUUGCAAAUGUAAAAAAAAAAAAAGAAACAGAAUGACCCUCUCCUCCAUCCCCUGCCCUGGUAAAAUAAGCUCAGUAUAUGGAAGCAAA